AAACAUUUACUACAGAACAUAAUCAGAUUAUAUUUUAAAAAGAUUUAUUAUUUGUAAGUACACUGUAGUUGUCUUCAGACACUCCAGAAGAGGGCGACAGAUCUCAUUGAGGAUGGUUGUAAGCCACCAUGUGGUUGCUGGGAUUUGAACCCAUGACCUUCGGAAGAGCAGUCAGUAAUCUUAGCCGCUGAGCCAUCUCUCCAGCCCCAUAAUCAGAUUAUUAAUCUGUGAGGUAGAAUGGAGUUAUAAGACUAUGGUAUAUAAAUAUUCUCUGAAAUUCAAGAUUACUGGAAGAGAGCAUUGAGAGAGAUGAGAGCAACUGAGUGGCUUGGGGAACUUGAGACUUUCCAUCUCUUUCAGAAGGAAAGGCAAAAAACAGUGGCAUCCUGUAGCUAAGCUACCAUUGAAACUUCUCUGCAGGUAACUCAGGCCUCUUGCUCUUACUAGACCCUGGAGAAGUCAUUAGACACACAGGGCCUUCCCAGCCUGAAGUGAGGGCAUAGGCUACAUUGUGUGUGCAUUAGAUAGCCAUGAGGGCACAGGGCUACACUGUAUGCAUUAGAUAGCCAUCCUAAGUAAAUUCACCAUUGCUUUCCUCCAUACAACUUGAGUGGACUGCUCCAAGUACAGAGACAAACUUUUAUACAUGAAUCUGAACGAGCAAAACCCAAAUGUUUUCCUCCCAAUUUGGACCAGGGAGGAAACCAGAAUGCAGAUAUACAGGCUCCCACUUCAUCCCUGGGCACUCAAUCUUAGUCUUUUUUUUUUUUUUUAAUCUUUUUUUUUUUUUGUGUGUGUGUGGUCCUGGGGAUUGAACCCAGGGUCUCUAAUUAGCCAAAGCAAAUCCUCUACCACAGAGCACCAUUCUUGGCCAGACACACAGAUCUGAUUUAGAGUUUCAGGGCAGCUAAGAUGAAAAGGGAACCACUGGGCCACACAGUUUCCUCAUCCACGAAACAACGCCAGCUACUUAAGUCACUUCACGAUGAUGCUUAGCUUUGGAAGAGAUUUGUCCUGUGGAAGAUUUCAUGUAGGGAAUGCAAAGCCAUCAAGUGCAGCAUAAGUCAUACAGGAAAGACACUCAUAGGUUUCUGGGAAGCUGUUCCUUCUGCGGAGGCACGAUGCUUGACACGUUGGUGCAACACUCGUGGAAGGUAGGUGGGGGAAGGUUGGCAAGUGUGGGCUCAGGGCAAUAUGGGCGAGCAUGUUUUCCGUGGGACCAGCUAGCAUUGUGUGCCUGGCUAGACAGGUACACACUGUUCAGAAUUCAGUAAUAUUUUGGCAGACUGGUGGGGGUUGGCAGCUUUUUGUGAAGUGAGUCACCCCAUGUGACCAUUCCUGUCUCUAUAGUGGUAGCUGUGGAGGGUGGCACACAGGCAAUCUAGGAAUUUUCAUAAAACCAGCUUUCCAAAGAUAAGAAAAAGUGUUCAAGAUCAUCAAGUUUGAUCCAGCAGAGCAGAAUGUCUGUAAAAGUACACAUUAUUUUUCCUUUUCUUUAAAGUUCACAUUAGUUGUCAAUACUUAGAGAAUGAUAGAUUUUAAGCCUGAUGAUGCUGGGUGCUUCUAUUAUAGCACAUGGCAGAAAUCUGCUAAAUGGGGUACAGAACAUUAUCCAUCUGCCUGAGCUAUUUAAGCACUGAAAUGCUCUGUUGGAGAAUGAUGAAAGAUUUGGAUUACAUUUUUUUCCAGAAAGUAUUAGUGAACAAAUUAGCACAUUAGUAUGUGUGUAUGUGUGUGUGUGUGUCUCCAUGUGGGUAUGUGUGUAAAGAAGUUCUGUGUGCAGAAGAGGGCGUGGGAUCCCCCAGAGCCAGUGUUUCAGGCAGUGAGUUGCUCCAUGAGCAUUGGGAAGCAAACUCAGAUCCUCUGCAAAAGCUGAUCCAUCGCUCCUGCUGCCUUGCUCACUCCAGACUAUAAGGAAAUCUGAACAGGCUUUUAUGGGAUGUAUGGCUAUUUGCAAAGUGACUGAUUAUCUAGAAGUAUUGCAUGAAAAGUAUAUCCCUCAGUAAAGAAAUGAGCCUUAGGCAGGGCAUGAUGGCACAAUUCCUUUAAUCUCAGAACCCAGAAGGCAGGCAGAUCUCUGGGAGUUCAAGGACAGCCAGGGCUACAUAGUGAGGCCCUGCCUCACAAACGAAACAAACAGGAGACUAGCCUGGUAUUAGUUACUGGAUUUAAGCCAAUUAAACUUAAAAACAUGUACUUGUAGUUUUGCAAUUACAUGUAUUCUUACUGACAAGGCCAACUACAAAUAUUAAACUCCAUCAUAACAAAAUAUCAGCAUAUAGGAAAGCAGACUUUCUUUUUUCUAAGGCAUGAGGAGUAUGUGUCUAAAGAACCCAUGUUAUAUAUUUUACACACACACACACAAGACCACAACUUGGCUCUUUUAUGUUAACUUGAAAUGCUUUCUGGUCUAUCUGGACUUCCCAAGUCAUCAAACUUGGAACCAGUUCUUACCCAGAAUCUGUGGGAAAUAAAAGUUACAAAUAUUUAAAAAAUUCUGUGUGUAUAUGUCCAUGUUUGUGCCACAGCUCAUGUUUGGAGGUCAGAAGAAAACUUAAUUUUUUAAAGAUUUAUUAUUUCAUGUAUAGGAGUACACUGUAGCUGUCUUCAGACACACCAGAAGAGGACAUCAGAUGCCAUUGCAGAUGGUUGUGAGCCACCAUGUGGUUGCUGGGAAUUGAAUUGAACUCAGGACCUCUGGAAGAGCAGUCAGUGUUUGUUUGUUUGUUUUGUUUUUGAGUUUUUCGAGACAGGGUUUCUCUGUAUAGCUCUGGCUGUCCUGGAACUCACUCUGUAGACCAGGCUGGCCUGGAACUCAGAGAUCCGCCUGCCUCUGCCUCCCGAGUGCUGGGAUCUAAGGCGUGCGCCACCAUGCCCGGCCAGUCAGUGUUCUUAAUCACUGAGCCAUCUCUCCAGCCCCCCAGAGGACAACUUCUGAAACCCUAUUUUUUGUGUGCUAUAUGCAUGUUCUCAACACCAUGUGGGUUCCCUGGGACAGAACUCAGCUCAUCAGGCUAAAGAGCAAGUGCUUAUAUCUCCUGAGCCAUAUGGCUGGCCCCAUGACAUUCUUUUUAAAAAUGAGGAGCAUCAUUCGGAGGUAGUGGAGCCUUCACGAUGUGAGGCCUAGUGGGUGCACCUUAAGUCAUUAAAAAGUGAGUCCUUGAAGGGGCUUGUAGGAUCCUGCCUUUUUUGUUUUCAUUUGGCUUCCUGGUCAUGAGGUAAGUGAUUUUGCUCCUACGUGCACUCUGUCACUUCACAGGCCUAAAACAAAGGAGCCAGCCGUUACCACACUGAAACCUCUAGUACCAUGAGCUGGAACAAACAUGGUUGUCUUAGAUGUUUUUUGUUAAGAUGUUGAUGGGAGACUAGCAGACCAAUGCAGAGAGACAUGCACACCAAUCCACUCAGUUCCAAACGCCAAGUGAAAACAUUUCUUCAGGGCUUUAGGGUGGGGACAUGAAGAGGGAAGGAAGCAUGGUUAUACAAUUCAGUUAUAUAACUCACAUCACAGACACAGUGGUUAUCAUGGGUGGUUAACAGACUUGUAACUUCCAAUUCGGAAAGAAUUCUCUGGUGUUCAUGUAAAGAGUGGAGUGGGAUCAUACACAGAAGCCCUGUAACACAAACAUUGCUGUGUUCUGUAAGCCAUGUUUUCUAGCACCCCUCCCAGUGAUCCGGGAGUACAUGGUAUGAAUGGGUACAGUUCCAGGAUUGUAGUAUUGGGAACUUGGCUCUCUUACUAAUUUUGUGAUCUUGAGUAAUUAUGUAAGCUUUCUGUGAUGUAGCUUUUUUAUUUAUAUGCAUUAUAAUUAGUACUUAUAAUGUAAUAUGUACCUGAAAGGCCAUUACAAGACCUAUAUGAGCUAGUAAUGCCUACACCAUAUUGAAACACAGGCAGCACAGGUAUAGGAACCGUGUACCUGGCAUGUGGUAAUCAGCAUUACUGAGUAAAUGAUGUAAUGCAUGGAUAGUAUAUUAACAGUAUGGAGAAAGAGCAUUUACAUCAAUUCAGUACUUCUAAGUUCCUAGGAAGGUACUGCCUGUCCUGGCUCUAAACCUUGGUCUAUUAGCUGUUUUACCCUUAUACUGAGUGAUAGUCAUAAUUGUCUGGACAGAGCUCGGCACAUUUUAUAUUAGUUCUCAAGUGUUUGGUGAAAUUAGUUGGAUUUGUUAAUGGUUGCUGUUAUCAGCAGCUGAAUCUAACCUAGAAGUGGAGGUUAGGUUUUUGGUUUUUUCUUCUUUGAUUGAUCUCAUCCAUGCCUAGGCUUAAUGUCCUUCAAACCUCAGCUUCUCUCAUCAGUCACGGACCUGGGUAAUUUGAUAUUUUCCUCUAAACCUGGAGGACCCCUCCAUCAGACCGUAGUCACAGUGCUCAGUCUGUGAGGCAGCUUGAUCAAUGGUCCUCUCUUUUCCUAGAUAAACCGGGAAGCCAGGAAUACACGGGGAAGCUGUUGUCUUUAUUCUCAGCUGUACUAGUUUCUUACAGCUGUUGUGACAAGUUAGUAGAAACUGUGUGGCUUAUACCAAUUCUUGUUACACUUCUAGAGAUCAAGCCCUAGAUUCAAGAACCCAGUCGCUUGCCCUUUCUAGCUUCUAUAGGCUGCCUGUAGUCCUUUGUUCCGUUUUUAAGGCUGACUGGCAGUAGCUUCAAAGCAGUCUCCCCUGCUUCUCUCAUAAGCUUUUUUUCUGACUCUGUUGCUCUUGUCCCUAGCCCAGCGGGGCAGCAUCAGAGCAAUCUCUUCAUAACUUUUACUGAACCAGGUCUGCAACUUCCUUCUGUCACUUUCCAGAACAGAUCAGCAGAUUAUGGUGAUGGGGGCAUGGGUCUUGGUGGGAAACAUUAUUCUAUAAAACACAACAAAGCUGGAAUUGGGUAUCACCUGUGGGCAGUUUCCUAAUGUUAAACUCUAGGGUUUGCUCUGUUUCUUCAAAGAUCUCCCACUUCAGUUUGCCCCCCCCCCCUUUUUAUUUUUUUGGUUUUUCUGAGACAGGGUUUCUCUGUAUAGCUCUGGCUGUCCUGGAACUCACUCUGUAGACCAGGCUGGCCUCAAACUCAGAAAUCCACCUGCCUCUGCCUCCAGAGUGCUGGGAUUAAAGGCAUGCGCCACCACCGCCCGGCUCCCUUUGUUUUUUUAAAUGUACCAAUCCCGAAGUCAAUUCUCCAAGGACAAAUAAAUUGGGGACACGUGUAUCGGAAAGUAGAUGUAUUAAAUUGAUGGAUAUCGUUCCACAUGGAAGAUGAGAGCGGAGAAUGUUUCCCCAACCAACGUAUCCACAUUCCAUCGUUCUACCAUGUCAUCCGUAAGGAAUGUCACUACCAUUUAGUAACUGACACACAAAGGCAGCUUUCUUUCCGUCUUGCUAAAUGUUACUCCCACCUGUCUCAGCAACCACGCUAGAAACCUGGCCUACCUAUUCAUUCCCCCGCUCAGAGCUGGCCUCCGCGUUUCCAUCCCCACCGCCAGAGUCUAGGUUGUGGCUCUGAUCCUUCACUGGCCCAGCCCUAACCCUUGCUGUGUCUGUUCAUUUUCACUGCCCAUUUAAGUCGUCUUUGCUUGGAAUUAAGUCUUCCAUCUUCAAACCCACACACCCAGGUAAGUAACUUUCAAGAGUGACGACUCUCCAGUUUCGGCCAGGAAAGACCUACAACCCAAUUUCUACGGCUUCAAAGUUCACAGUGCCUGCUUCUUAUGUGAAAGAUGGAGUCUAAUGGGCUUUAUACGUUACACUUGGUAGUCCUGGAGUGUCGAGGACUUAUGUCCGGGCUUUCUGUCAGGGUCUUGAAAUAAGGAGUUCGAAUGAGAUCAGUUCGCCCGCAGCCUCGCAUGCAUUAUUUCGUCCUAAGUUGACACCUUUCUAGCGCAGGCAAGUCGGGUAUCCGUCUUCCCACUGACAGAAGGAGGAAACUGAGUCGUGGUAUUUCAGGCCUGGCCUCGUAGCACCUUCAUGCUGGUAAUGCCUCUCUUGGCCCAUUCUCCUCGUCCAACUUCUCGCACGUAGCUGACUGUCCAUCAGGCAAGCGACUAAGUGCAGAAAGACGAGGCUUUCUCCAACCGGCGCUCCGGCUCGUCCCCUUACGCAGUGACGCGACCGAUGACGCUAUUCAGUGACGUGUGAUGACGUGCCUCACCCUGAGCCAGGUGUCGGCAGGGCGGCCACACCCUCAGGGCCCAGUACUGGAGGGGCAGUGGCUCCGACCUGGGGAAACACGCCGCAAGACCCCCGCCUGAGGCGACCUGGGGCCCUGGCGUCCUGGGUUCUACUGGCCCACGGUUGAGCCGUUGCUAAGUGACGCCAGCGCGCAGAGCGCGUGCGCGGCCACGGCGGUGUGCGUGAAAGCGGGCGCGCGCCGCGACGGCGGCGGCGAGGAAGGCGGCGACGGCGGCGGUCGAGGGGGCGGUGGCCACGAGGCGGGGUCGCUGCUGGCGGAAGAGACGUGUGUGGCGGCUUCUAGGUCGCUGAGGGACAUCGUCGGGGCCAGUGACUAUCAUCUGUUCCACAGGAUGAGUAACAGCCACCCUCUUCGCCCCUUUACUGCAGUGGGGGAAAUCGAUCAUGUGCACAUUUUGUCUGAGCAUAUUGGUGCCUUGUUGAUUGGUGAAGAAUAUGGUGAUGUCACGUUUGUUGUGGAAAAGAAGCACUUUCCUGCCCACAGGGUAAUUUUAGCAGCGAGGUGCCAAUAUUUUCGAGCAUUACUGUAUGGCGGGAUGCGAGAGUCGCAGCCCGAAGCAGAGAUCCCUCUCCAAGACACCACGGCCGAGGCUUUCACGAUGCUCCUCAGAUAUAUCUACACGGGGCGGGCGACGCUCACUGAUGAGAAGGAGGAGGUGCUGCUGGACUUCCUGAGCCUGGCUCACAAAUACGGAUUUCCAGAGCUGGAGGACUCUACUUCUGAGUAUCUCUGCACCAUACUGAACAUUCAGAAUGUCUGUAUGACCUUUGAUGUUGCCAGUCUCUACUCGCUUCCCAAGUUAACUUGUAUGUGCUGCAUGUUCAUGGACAGAAAUGCUCAGGAGGUGCUGGCCAGCGACGGCUUCCUCUCCCUGUCCAAGACAGCACUCCUGAAUAUCGUCUUAAGAGAUUCGUUUGCUGCUCCUGAGAAAGAUAUUUUCUUAGCCUUGUUAAACUGGUGUAAGCACAAUGCAAAAGAGAAUCAUGCUGAAAUCAUGCAGGCUGUGCGCUUACCUCUAAUGAGCCUCACUGAGCUUCUGAACGUCGUGAGGCCAUCAGGACUCUUGUCUCCGGAUGCUAUUCUUGAUGCCAUCAAAGUGCGGUCGGAGAGCCGGGAUAUGGACCUCAACUACAGAGGCAUGCUCAUACCUGAAGAAAACAUUGCAACUAUGAAGUAUGGGGCUCAGGUUGUGAAAGGAGAGCUGAAGUCGGCCUUGCUGGAUGGUGACACUCAAAACUAUGACUUGGAUCAUGGAUUUUCCCGGCACCCCAUUGAUGAUGACUGCCGCUCUGGCAUUGAGAUCAAGCUUGGCCAGCCGUCCAUUAUAAACCACAUACGUCUACUCCUGUGGGACCGUGACAGCCGGUCUUAUUCCUACUUUAUUGAAGUGUCCAUGGACGAACUUGAUUGGAUCAGAGUGAUCGAUCACUCACAUUACCUGUGUCGGUCUUGGCAAAAGUUGUAUUUCCCAGCCCGUGUCUGCAGUCUGCAGAUGAGCUGGUCAGCCUCUGAGAAGUAAUUGAACCUGGAGGAGAUGAGUGAACUGGAGUGAGAGUGCAGGUGCCCACUCUAAGAGGUGUUAGCUUAUCACUUUGCUGAUUUGAUAUGCAUUUACCAUUUACUACUGAGGACUUAAUCACUAGCAAAUACACAAGUAAGUGGUGCCUGUUGUCAUGGCGUUUACUCUGUAGAAGGUGAUAUACCACAGGGAAGCAGGAAAGACGAGUUGGAGAGUAAUGAUUACUUUGAAGAACAUUAGCUAAGGUGAUAGAAAGCAAAGGUAGGCAUAGUCAGGAGAGGCCUGCCUGCGUUAGAGUCUGUGCUUAGGGAAGCCCUUUAUGGAAGUUUCUGUUUAAGCUGACACCGGCAUGACAGGGAAGAACCAGCCAUUUGGAUCUUGUCUUAGUUUCUUUUCCUGUCGCUGUGAUAAAAUAACCCUGACAAGAGCAGCCUAAGGGACAGUAUUUAUUCUAACUCCAUCUAAGUGCAGUUUGCCAUGGCAGGGAAGUCAGAGAGGCGCUUGAAGCACCUGGGCACAUUUCGUUCUCAAGUCAGCGGAACCAGACGACGGUAUGCACAUGCUAGCCCUUACCUCCCUUUCUCUACUGAGGCCGUCCAGACUCCCCUGUCCAGAGAAUGGUCCAACCCACAGUUAAGUCUUCCCACAUCAAUUAGCAUAAAACAAGAUAAUCGCCCUUAGGCUUUCCAGGAGACCUGUCUUCCUGAUUCUAGAUUCUGUCAAGUUGGUAUCUCUGCCCAUCACAGAUGGAAAAGCCUUCCAAACUUGGGAGGAGGGCUGAGAAAGGCCAGUGCAGAGGGAGCACAGAGUUAGGAAAGGCGGAAGAAAGAAAGCCUUUCUUCAGGCUGUAGUCAGGGUUUAGAUUGGUGGAGCCUGGAAGGAUGGCUCAGCCACUGAGAGUGCUUGCUGAGGGAUCACGGGAUCUCUCCUGAGAAAUCCUACUACCCACAGAACAAGCCACGUGUUCCACAGAUGCUCAUAAUCUCGGCUCUGAGGGGUGUCAUGACAUCAUACACAUGCAUGUAUGUGUUCUGUCUGUCUGUCUGACUCACUCUCUCUUUUUACAAAGAGUUUAGACAUUGAAGUCAUUGGGAUGUCAUUAGUGGGUAAACCAGGAAUUCAUGCAAUCUGACCUGAAUAAGACUUUGUAAAAUAGAAACUUGCACUAGAAGGGAGCUCAGAAACUCGUGUGAUUUCUGUGAUUGGCUAGCAUAAGGUUAUGGGUCAGACUUAUUUGAAUAAAAUACUGUUUGGAUUGUGUUGAUAAGUGACAACUUGAUUUAGGCGAAAUAUUGAGGGAUAUUUAGGACAGUGGCAAACAAGACAGAGAACAGAACCCCUGAACUCUCUAGGUGGGUCACGUGUAAUUUCAUGCCCUUGUUGCCAACUCUUAAUUGUCCAAGGGAAGUCAAGAAUCCAUUUUUUUGUUAAACUCAGUUUGAGUGUAAGCAACCGGUUGAAGCAGCAUUUAAAGAUGCUAUGGACCAAGGAGGAAUGCUCUGAUGUGUGGUCAGGUCUGUAAGCAGGGGACACUGGGCAGUGUCUGGAUAGGACAGCAACAGUAAUGAAGCAGAUGAGAUUAGGAUACACUGUAAAGGAGGGAACACAAACAUGGUAACAGAUGAAUGUCAGAGAGAAAUUGGGAAGAACAUGCAUGUCUUACCUUGAUGCUGAUUUCCUGGCAUGAAGCCUAGCACUAGGUAACAUUUACAGACACAGCAGUUUGGAGGAAAGACAUGUAUAUGUUGGAGCCUGGAAAGUUUAAGAUGCUUGGGACUGUGCAGAUGGGGAUUGCCAGAGACUGGGAUACUAGCAAGGACUUGGGUGGGAUACAGAUUGGGGAUCAGUGGCAUGUAACGGUUGAAGCUACGGAGAAGAUGAGAUCCACCACUGAGGGAGAGGGUCAUGUAUGUAUUCAGCCUCAGGGUCCAGCCUUAACUCUAGAUAGUCAUCUCUGCCUCUUUUCUCUUCCAUUCUUUCUACAUAAACUUCCACUUAAACAUGAGAGUAUAAGUAUUUGAUUUUUUUUUAUUAGCAAGCAUGACAAUUCUAGAAACCCAGGGUUCCUACUUAUAUACAAGUAGAGGAAGCAGCUGGUUUUUUUAAAAUGCAUAGGGCUUUGGUUAGCACUCGAUGGCUAUUUUGGCGGGUAGUCAGUCCCAGCGUGGAGAUUUUACUGUUGAGUUCUGUGUCCAUGUUCCAGUUUCAGAAUUUCCCUCCUGUUGUAAUCCUUUCUUCUUUCUAUUAUUAUUUUUACCUUUUCCCUCAUCCCCUCAAAUAUUUACAUAUACUUUUUGUGGAGAAGGUCAUUGGAUAAAAAUAGGUUACAUAAUUGUAAAGCCAGAGUAGUCCAAAAAGCUUCUGGUCUGUUUCAGUGGUAGUGCAUGUUCACAUAUUCUGUUUGAUACUCGUUCUUACAAGUUUUCAUGCUUUUUCUUAUGGUGGAGGGUGAGGGACCUAGACAUAAAAUUAGAAUAAAUAUGAAUAAUAAUGUGCAUUUCACUGUAUGAAUCCUUGGUACAGUAACAGCAGGAACAUUGCCAUUAAUUUCUGUUUACCAUUCCCCUUUUGUCUGGUAUUAGGCGAGCUUUGUGUUUUCUUGACUGGCAGUCCCACUGCUCUAGCUGUGAAUGUAUAUGAAAGAGAGGGCCUUGCUCGGUGUAGUCCACAGGAAGGUGACACAGUGCUAGUGGCUGGCUGGACAGAGCUCUACAGGAGACACCGUAGCUCUGCUUUGCUUUUGAGUUAAAUUCAGAGGAGCGCCUUUUUCCUUUGAUUUGUACUUAAGCCUUUAGGGAUCUUUAACACUCGCUUCCAGGGAGGCACCGCCACUGCUCCCCCGCCAGUUAGCUCAAGGCUUCUGUGUCCAUACAUAGCACGGUUUUCUGGAGAUGGACUUUUCAGUUUCUAAGUCUUUACAAAGUUAGCCUUCGGGCUGACCUUCAGGUGUAAGGCACACUGCUUUUGUUUAGUGUUUUAAAAAGAACAAAAGAGAAUCUAAGCAGAGCCAGGCUUUGCUUCUGCAGAGUUUUGUAUGUGCUUUUAUACCACGAGUGCCCAGAGGUGUCUUAAGAUGACAUGUUUCUGUAAGUCUUAAAUAAAAAAUACAUGCUUUAUAGGUUUGGGAUUUGCGAGUUCGCCACACACUGUACAUCAGUGAAUCUGUUGUAACAUAAUAACGUUUAUUGUAACAUAAACCUAUUUAUAAAGAACACGGCUCGUGGAUUACUAGCCUAAUCCAUAAAAUGGGCCCUGCUGUGGAGCAUUUCAUAGCACCUUAUUGAACCUCCCGCGUGGUAUUACCAUCUAACCCUUCCUAAGACAUCAGUGGUUUACUGGAGACUGGGAAAAGUGAGAAGAUGAGUCUUGGCCAGAAGGCUGUUUGUCCCAAGAAUAGUCUGGAUGCACUGCUGCCUCCUGUUUAUCACCUGUCCCUCGGAGCAUGUGCUGACUCCUGUCUCAUGUCACAGUAUCUAUGCAAAUGUUCAGGGCUCGUGUGUCCUCUUCGUUAUUGGUUCUGGUGGAAAACCGUCUCUGUUUUGUUGUGCUUAUCUGUGACAAGGACUGCCCUGUCUGCCUCAGACUUGCUGAAGUCUUCUCUGGAGCACGCUAGUUUCUAGGCUGCAGGUCUGCAUGCCGCGCCCAUCUGGAAGCCCUUAAUUUCCAACCAGGAAAACCAGACUGCCAGCAUCACUGCCCUUCAUCUCUUGAGAAACCUGCAAGACUGAUAAAGUACUCUCUUAGGGCUUUCUAGAAAUAUGUAUUUCCCUGAGCUUGUGAACACAAAGAGAAUAGAGCGUCCCUUUAGUGACCUGAGCCUGAUCUCUGUAGAGUCCAACACAGGUUGUUUUCUACCUCAAUUUUAGUACUUAGCGUCAGGUCUCACUACAGCUUGUUAAUCCAUAUCCCAUUAUGUUUGUGGUGGGCAUUAAGACACUACAUGAACUGAUUCUACUACUUGCCUUGAUCCCUUGAAUGCACAUCAUUUUCUUGGUUUCUCUGAGAAAUCUCCAUGACUAUUUAAAAAGAAAACACUUUUUAAAGCCAACCAGAGGUAACCUAUGAGUUGUUUAAAGCCAACCAGAGGUAAUCCAUGAGUUGUUUAAAGCCAACCAGAGGUAACCUAUGAGUUGUUUAAAGAAACCUUGAGCCGGGUGUGGUGGUGCACGCCUUUAAUCCCAGCACUUGUGCGGCAGAGGCAGGCGGAUUUCUGAGUUCCAGGCCAGCCUGGUCUACAAAGUGAGUUCCAGGACAGUCAGGACUACACAGAGAAACCCUGUCUCGAAAAACCAAAAAAAAAAAAAGAAAACCAGAGGUAAUCCAUGAGUUGUUUAAAGCAACCAGAGGUAACCCAUGAGUUGUUUAAAGCCAACCAGAGGUAACCCAUGAGUUGUUUAAAGCCAACCAGAGGUAACCCAUGAGUUGUUUAAAGCCAACCAGAGGUAACCCAUGAGUUGUUUAAAGUCAGCCAGUGGUAAUCCAUGAGUUGUUUGGCUGUGGCAGUUUAAUUCUUGAACAGACUCAUGGUCAUGUGGUUUUAAAUACAACCUGUGCUAAAGAAUUCAGAUAGGAGAGAUUCAGAUUCUUUAUAUUCAGUCUCCCUGUCAUGGUUAUUAGAGUUGUCUCUGAGUUUGUUUGGUUAGAAGAAUUCAGUACAUACAGGUCUGAAUAAAUGUGGCAAUAGGUUGAACCAAGUUAUAAGAACGAAUAAUUGUUAAACUAGUUGUUGGCAGUUAAAUGUAGAACAAGCAAUUAAAAAUAGUAAACAAAGGGCUGUCGACUUAGUAAAUUUAGAUUAAAAACUGCUCUAGAUAACAAUUUGAGGUCUCUCGAGUUAAUAAGCAACAUUAGAAGGAGGUUCUGUAGCUAAUACCUGUCGAUCCUAGAUUAUACUUGGAUUUAGAGUUAAAAUCAUUUAGAGUCACAGUGAAUAAUUAUAUCAUUUCUCCCACUCGCCUUUUUUCAUUAAUGUUGACAAUGUACAUGUUCCUCAGGAACCACUUAAUUUCCCCAAAGUAAUUUGUAGUUCUGUCUCUUGGGUUUGACACUUUGGAUUCAAGCAUUACUUUAUUGUAGGAUGCUGAUGACUUUCUAGAAAGUCAGUGUGCAGGACUAAGUUCACACUCGAUCAGAAGAUUGUUCCUGUCCACUGGCUACCUCCACACUGUAACUUCUAACAUGCACUUUGAGGUUUCAUCUGCAUCUGUAUGGAUAUGGUCAUGGAAUAAGCAGUUAUCCUGGACAGUGCAAUGGCUUUGUUCACACUUGGUUGGUUCUUUCUUCCCGUCUGAGGCAGCCUUCAGGGCCCAUGGCUUGGUUUUCCCUAGCUAUGGCUCCCAUGAGUUCUUAGCACAUGCUCAGUGUAUGAGACCAAGGCCUGGCAGUGGUAGCCAUCACUACCACUCACACUGUAGUGGUGAGAACUUAGCUGAUCAGUGUACACACUGGCCAUGGAGGCUGGGAAAUGUCUUAAGUUUGGUAGUUCCAUAGCAGGUAAAGUCCACUAAAGGGAAAAGUGAAAACAUGAAGAUCUGUUUCUGUGUCAUGUUAUCCAGUGUUUAUGUAUGAUAGAAUUCAGUGUCGUGUUGCCAGUGUGUGAGAGCCAGUAUACAAAGUGUUCUUCCUAACUCUACCCAAUCCCUAUCUCUCAAAAACAGAGGAAGGACUGGCUACCUUGGUAUUUUAUACCUUCUGAAUCAGCAGAAGUAGACAGACUUGCCCUGGGCCCUGUGGAUAUUUACAUAUUCACUAGGAUCCUGGCCAGGGCUCUUUGUAGAGGAUGGUAAGAGGAUUUCCACCUUAAGUGAGGGAGAGUACCAGGAGGCCUUUACAGGGGCUCAUUUGCACUGUCAGAAGCAUCACAUCGGUUUCCAUGAGUCACAUGACCGUCUUUUAAGGAAUAAAAUUCAUCUUGAUUCUCGUACAAUUCUCUAUAUACAGAAAAUGCACCAAUCAUAAAUCUGUAAAUAUUCUGAUUUAUGUGCAAGUUAUUUCUUACAAUGAAAAAUAAGUGAUUGGGAAUUGUAGUGAUCCCUAGGGGAAUAAUUCCUGAUUGUGGUUUUGGUUUGUGUUACAAUGGUUUAACUGUUGAGGAUCCACUGUGCUGAUGCUGUCGGCAUGUGUACUGUUUUUAUACCUUGUUAUAAAACAACUGUAAACUAAUAGAUCCCUUCAGUGCCUGUGUCAGUAUUAAGUGAGGACAUCACCAAAGCUGUGUCACUUCUUACUGAGACUGAGCAGACACCCACAUCUAGUCGCCUGACUUCCCUUUGUUUGACACUGCCAAUCAGCUCAGAGAUAUUGAACCAGGGAGGGAGGGAAAAGACAGAAGUGAUAAAUGAACUGUUUUGAUUCCAGUGGAGUCCUUCCCUUGGCAUGAGUUUUGAAAUGUUUAAUUAGAGGGAAGAACUCAGCUAGUAAGGUCCCAAACACCGAGUGAUUGGAUCUGGCAACAGGAAGCUACAGUAAUCUUGGCAGGCAGAAUUUGACUAGAGUAUGGGAAGCUGGUUGGAGGUCCUGGGUUUGUGAAGUGUAGAUUUGUGUAGUGGUGUGUGAGUGGAAGAAAGAAUCCAGGAUGACUGUCUUAGAGCCAAACUUAGACUUGAAGAGGAGGCAGACAAGGCCUCAGCACGCACCACUGGGCCACGUGCUGGCACUGGCAUAGUCUUCUAAACCUGAUAGCAAUGCAUAGUUUAAAGACACUUAUGUGUGUUUAUUGCAGAAAACUUAGUAUAAAUUCCAACAAAAUUCUAAGCUUGCCUUUAAUCUCAGGACUUUCAAGGCAGUUGUAGGUGAACCUUUGUAAAUUCCAGGCCAGCCAGGGAUAUAUAGAGAGACCAUGAUUCAAACAACAACAAAACAAAAAUAAAAGGCAAAGACAAAAAGAAAAUAAGAAAAAAAUUGAUCUUGAAUUCAGAGAUAACCAAGCCUAAAAAUUUUGUGUUUUUUCCUAUAAUUUUUUUCUUGGAGAUAGGGUCUCAUAUGUACUGCAGUUGGUCCUCAAACUCACUGUGUACCUCAGGAUGACCUUGAAUUUAUAAUCCUCCUGCCUCCACUGCCCUUGUGCUAAAGUUGCAGGCCUGUGUCACUACACCUGAUUUUAUGUGCUGCUGGGCUCUGGACCAGCAUGAAUUUAUGAAUUGGCUUGGUAGAUAAGCAGUCUUCUAACUGAGCUAUAUCUCCAGCCUCUUGUGUCAUUUAUUGUUUUUAAAAAUUAGAUCUACAAACAAAUAUGACACACACACACACACACACACACAUACACACACACACACACACACACCAGUGGAGAGGUUGCAUGAAUUUUAUUUAAGAUUUUACCCAGAAUAUUUGCUAUUUUAAGUCAGUUAUAUGGCAACAUUUUUACGGGGUCUCUUAUUGAACAUAUAGGCCAUUUCUGUAAUUUUUUGUUUGUUUUUUGAGACAGGGUUUCUCUGUGAUGGAACUCACUCUGUAGAUCAGGCUGGCCUUGAACUCAGAGAUCCACCUGCCUCUGCCUCCCAAGUGCUGGGACUAAAGGUGUGUGCCACCACUGCCCAACUGUAAUUUUUUUUAAAGAAGUGCUUGGAAAUGCCAGUGGCAUCUUUGUCUGCAGUUUUGAUUGCCAUCUUGGGUUGUGUACUAGUCUGCAGCCUGGAUGUAGGCAACAGGAACGCACCCGGUGCUCACUUGGGUGAAGAAGCCGCACUUGGCUCUAUAGUCGGUGAAAUGGCUGAGAUGCAGUAUAUAUUUACUGAAUUUCUGAUGAAUCUCAUAUUGUAUAGCCCAGACUUGGAAGACUCACUUGUACUAAUUUUGAUAAUAUUUUUUGAGACCUGGGACCCACUAAGAGUAAAGGAAGCCAGGCGUGGUGGCGCACGCCUUAAUCCCAGCACUUGGGAGGCAGAGGCAGGCAGAUUUCUGAGUUCGAGGCCAGCCUGGUCUAUAGAGUGAGUUCCAGGACAGCCAGGGCUAUACAGAGAAACCCUGUCUCGAAAAACAAAAAACAAAAAACAAAAACAAAACAAAACAAAAGAGUAAAGGAAACGUCCUUUUUUCACGCUGGGAUGCUGUGCUGGAAAUACAGAGCUGUAUUGGCUCCCAGAGAGCUUCUUUUUAGUUGAAUUACGCUAAUUGAAUAUAGUGCUCUUCAAAAAGCGUACACAUUGGUCUUCAUCUCCUUUGCAGCACUGCUCGAAAACGCCCCACGCUGGUUCUAUUAGCCUCCUUUUCAAUUGAGUGUCCUUCUUCUCAGUUUGUCUCACAUGUCUUAAAAACUAGAAUGUACGCUCUUAUGGAUAAAGAACGGUUAUUUUCAAAUCUAAUCCCCUCCUUGCGUAAUGACACAUGAUUAUAGGUUUUCAAAUGUUCCUUAACCAAUUUGGUGCUUUUUGUAGUUAUUGAAGAUCCCUUUAGCUGCAAGUGAGAGAAAACUGACUCAAAGGUUAAAAAUAACGAGGAAGUCCACGUAACAGGUAUUUAGGUAAAGACCCAGAGAUUGGCCUGCUUCCCAGCUGGUUCAUUUGGUUACAUUAUAAAGGAUAUAGACUUCUUCGUGCUUAGAUUCUGUCAUCGUUAUGAUCUGAGCUUUGCCCCAAACAAUCUUUUUGUGAUCACAAGGUAUCUGAUACAUGGGCCCAGGGAUCAUGAGAAGAUCUUUCCCUUGAUUUCUCUGAAGAGCUAAGGAGCCUUUCCCAGAAGCCCUUUGGAGAUGGCUGUAGAUCAUUGGCUAGAACUAGUUGGAGUUACCAACCCUGUAACUAGUCCUCAGUGAACUACCAUAGCAAUCACUGUUCAGUUUUUAUGCCUGGCCAGAGGGUGCAUCCCCCAAGCCUUUUUAUGGGGUGCAUAAGAGUGCUAUCAAGGUUUGUUAGGAAGAAAGACGGAGAACUCUAUGGGCAACAGAUAGCAUCUCUUACAUUUUGUUUGUGUUUUUAAGUUUGUGGUGCUGGGAAUGAAACCCAGGGCUGUCUGCAUGCUAAGCAGACGUUCCACUGUGGGCUUGAGUCCCAGCCUAGCAUUAUUCUGUAAUGAAAAUCUCUGAUCUUGUUCUCUGAAGUUGUUGGUGGUGGCAUGACUGCAGAGGCUCUGUAUGUAAUUGUCAUGGCUUUCUGAGCACAUUGUUGUUUGGUGACAUUUUAUGUGUUUAUUUGCCCUGGUCCUUUUAGGUUUCUGGUACUCAGUAUUCUUACUUUCUCUGAGGAUUUAUUAUUUUGACUCUUAAAUAGUUAGGCAGUGUACAUUUUAAUGAUUUCUUAUUAAUUUCAUCAGGGAUGAAUUUCGCUAAACCUAGGCUCUUAUCCUGGGUUCUCUGGCAGACAGCCCGAGGCAGAGACUGAGAGCUGUUGAUAUUUUCCUUGAGAGGCCCAGGUCCAGGUGUAUAGGAGUCACGGGCAAAAAGAAGCGAAGCUUGGAAGGCUGUGGAGAAACGAGAUGAGGGUGCCGCUCUGAGCAAAUUGCUAAGCAAGCGUGGGCCCUGGUCUUGCCAACUGGUCUGCUUGGAAAGGAUUGUGGUGAGGAGGAGGAGAGGAGGGAGUGGAGGAAGAGGA